AUGACAACCAAUUGUUCUGAAAGCUUCAAUGGUGUACUUAAGGGGGCUCGGGCAAUGCCCAUACAGGCGUUGGUUGCGAGGACAUUUUAUAGGCUCAAUUACUAUUUUGUCAAGCGGCGAGAGGAUGGAGCAAUGUGGGCCUCGUUCUUGACACCAAAAAAUGAGGCGAUUUUAGGAGCUCGAGUUAAGCAGGCGAGAGGCACGAAGAUUGUUAGAUUUGCUGUAGAUGAAUGGGAGGUUACAGACAAACAUGGUCACAAUUACACCGUCAAUUUGGGAGAUAUUUCAGUUAUGGAGGCGGGUCCAUUGACACGUGAUGUUCUUUAUGACCAAGAGCGCCACCGAUCCGCGAAGAUAGACGCUAGGGAGGCCCCGAGUAUUACUAUUGUCGAUCAUACCCGUGCACAUUCUAGCUGGGAGUUGACGGAUCCACAGAUACAAUAUUAUGUGCGUCAAGCCGGCUUUUUUGAGUGUUCACAAAUUAAAUGGGUAAGACUUGAUUGGGCACUUUUGACGGCAUUGGUUGAACGAUGGAGGCCCGAGACAAAUACUUUCCAUCUGCGCCAAGGAGAGGCGACGAUUACCUUACAGGAUGUUGGGGUUAUACUUGGCCUCAGAGUAGAUGGUGAUGCAGUGACGGGCACCGAUGACUUCAAUUAUGCGACCAAGUGUGAAGAAUUGUUGGGUCACACUCCUACAAUGAAGGGGGGAAAGAUCAAACUCGAAUGGUUAAGGAAUAACUUUAUGAAUGUACCGAUCGAUGCGACUGAUGAGAUCAUUAAGCGCUAUGCCCGUGCAUAUAUUUUACAUAUGAUCGGUACUAUUCUGUUUCCGGAUUCCACUAAGGAUUCCGUGCACGUGAGAUGGUUACCGCUUCUUGGGGACCUAGAAGAGUGUGGAGAGUUAUCUUGGGGGAGUGCAGUGUUAGCCUACUUGUAUAGAGAGAUGACGAAAAUAGCACUCGUACAAAAUAAAGAAUUGAAGGGCUGCCUCACUUUGCUGCAGAUAUGGUCAUGGGAGCGAUUGCAUAUGGGAACACCUGAUUUGAGGGAGGCCCGCGCUCUCGAUGGGCAUAUUCCGUUAGGCUGCAGAUGGAAUGUGUCCAGAUCUUGGCAAACCUCUCCAAAGGGGCAUGAAAACUUUUACAGAAAUGAGCUUGAUCAGAUGGAGGAUGAACAGGUCAAAUGGAUGCCCUACGAGCUAGUGUUGGAGUCACUACCGGAUAUUUGCCGAGAAGGUGAGGAUGUAUGGCGUGCUCGCGUCCCCCUUAUAUGCUUUGAGAUUGUCGAAAUGCACGUGCCUGAUCGUGUGCUUCGACAAUUUGGACUACGGCAACAUAUUCCAGGACCUGUGGAGAGAAUAGAGAGAGAUCCAAGAAAAGGUGCACAUCGUGCUAAUUGGCAAAUAAUUCGCCAAAAUUACAUCCAUAGGUGGGUUUUAAGGGAGGAACAUGUAGUGAUGGAGAGGGCUGAUGCACCUUCGCCAAAAUUACAUCCAUAG